GUUUAUGUGGGCGGGACGUAAUCUCGGGUGCAUCAGCACGAGGCUGGCGCGAGCGUACGCGGAACUGGUUUGGGCUGAUGUGCGUGAUGGACGUGUCGGAAGGGAAGGUGAUAGGAUGUGAUGAAGCCGCGCGGGCUGGAAAUCGGGUUAGCAGGAAGCCAGCCACCAACACGCCCGCGUUCUGGAAGUCGAGCGUAGCUGAGCUGCGUAUUCCUUUUACUUUGCAUUAUCACUAUGUAUGUGCAUGCAGCAAGGUUGGAAGUCCGUAGGGCUGUGCCGCCUGCACACAGUACAUAAGUUGCUGCCGUGCGUUGGGCUAAGAUCGAAACCGAAGCCGAGCCGAAUGGAUGCGCCCCCCUGUCUUCCUGUUUCUUUGUUCCACCCUUUGUCUCCUCUCAUUCGCCCACAUCUCCCCGGAUUUCCCAAAAUCGACUCCCCGGGACCAAUCACACCAACCAUACCUCUUCAGAUCGGGGGUGCGCAGUUGGGAUUUUCGGCCCCUGCGUUGGAUGCGACGUGGUUCGGGACUGUCGGGGCGCCCGUUGCGGUACCGCUGAGCGUGCCGCGGUGCGUCGAUCUUUGCCCUGCGGAAAAGUCCUGCGGAAUGCUUGAGGUGGAGAGGGAGUUUACCGCGAUGGGGACGGGGAGGCGGCGAGGGCCCUUCGCUCCGUCCAUAAGCCAGCCGAACCACUUCGUAGGCGUCGGAUUGAGAAUGAAUGUAGCUCUCGCUUUGACCCACACGCCGCUUGGCGAGACUUUCGACUAAGUCUCGCCGAUGGACGGCAGAAGCUUGUCUCUGGCUCAUACAUACAUCUCGGAGUCGGAGAUCAUAUCAGAGCAAGUUCACGCGCGCAGAUCAGAAUUGCUUUGUUUGCCAUUAGAUACUACAAGUUACACUGAGAAAACAGGUGCUCAUCUGGCCAUUACCAUGUGGAACG